CGGUCUUUGGUCCUCACUGCCAUCCGGUCGAGAUCGACAGGGUUUACUAAGAGAGCACGCGUUCUCCAGAAACUUCAGUGUAAACCGCGCACUCAAACUCGAAGGAUCAUCGGAUUCUUCCAUUUUGACAGGGACGAGACAGAGAAUUGAAGGCGUAACUCAUGCGAAAUCCCGAUGCGCCGUUCAACAGUUUGAGUGUGAUCUCCUGCGUCUUCAGUAUAUCAAUCCGGCAGUAAUCGAUCGCGAUUUUCAGUGUUGCUGAUCAGAAAUCCUUGUGAAAAACACAAUGCGGAGUAGUGGUGUUCUCCUAAUAUCGUUCGCGCUCAUAGCGCUCGGAACGGCAAAAUGUCCAAAGAAAAAAACUUCGCCUGUCAGAGAGAUUCUUUGCUAUACUUCCAUCUUCGACGCUAAGCUUCUAACCGGCUCUAUGUGCGAUUGUACCACUCUGGUGCAUCAAAAUCAUGACGUGAGAAAUCUUUCAACUUCCGAUAUUUCUGAUUUGCGGAAAUCUUUAAAAGAGAUGAAUCCACCUCUUCAGUUUGUAAUUUCUAUACACGAUCCUGCGAUGAUACUCAGAAAUUCCGCCAUAAUACGACAGGAAGCUAUUGCUCGAAUUAUUACUAUUAUGAAAGAGGUGGAUGGCGUAGAACUGAAUAUAACGGCGGGCUCAAAGGAGCGUCUUUAUAAUUUUGUCAAAAGUCUCAAAGACGAAAUGAUUAAAAAAUCUUACGACAAAAGGAUUUUCAUGGCUUUACCUAUUAGAUCGGAGGAUUUAGCCAAGCAGUUUGACAUUAAGGAACUCAUGAAGUAUGUCGACCUAUUUACACUGUCAACGGAUUACAUGACGGACGAAGACGGAGCCUUCGUCACCUUUCACCCCUCGCGUCUGAUAGGACUUUUCGACAUGCUAAAUACAGACAGUUUGGUAGACUUAAUAAGUGGAUUAGGAGCACCCAAGCAGAAGAUCAUGAUAACCGUGCCGGUCAAUGCGUACAAAUUCACUUUGGAAAAUCCGGACGAGAACGCUCCAAGAUCGAAAACUACGGAGAAGGAGCCUGCGUCAAUCGAUCGUAAAGAGCUCUGCGAAGCCAUAAACAACGGGGAAUGGAUCGUAGAACGAGAUGAAGAUCUCACGGCUCCUUACGCAUUUCAAAACAAAACAUGGAUUGCUUUUGAAGAUAAGAUUUCGGUCGGAAUAAAGGGGAAAUACGUGUUGUUGCGAGACUUGGCGGGAUUGGCCUUGCGAAAUAUAGAAAAUGACGUAGAGACCGAGUGCGAAGUACCGCUCACGCAAGAAAUUUAUCAUUCCUUCACAGAGUUUAAAAAAAAAUCAAGACGAGCUGUACUCAGUGCGCUAGAAGAUGAGCUUCAUCAAAUGCAAUUUUCGUAUCCAAAUCAUGCGAAAACGUCUAGCUUCCGUGUCACUCGAGUUGUAGACACGGAGGGGCAUAUCAGAGCCGUACGCGAAAACACACAAACCGAAUUCAUUUGCAGACAUCAAGGUUACUUCGUCCAUCCAAAAAGUUGCAAUAGAUUCUAUCGCUGCGUGAAAUUCAAUCAAGCGAUAGAAGACUAUUCCGUUUUCGAAUUCGAUUGUCCAGCUGGACUAUCGUUUGACGAACGCACGGAAGUUUGUGUUUGGCCAGGCUCGUUGCCUGAAGGCUCACCAUGUCCUGGCAGCAGCGAGAUUGCUCCUGUCACCCCGAAGAGAUUCGAAUGUUCUCAAUCCGGUUAUUAUGCGGAUCCACAAAAUUGCCGUUGGUUCUUUGCUUGCAUGGACUUAGGUGGAGAAGAACUAAUAGCGUUCGAGUUCCGCUGUCCGUACGGCUUGGUAUUCGACGAGAAGAAGUUAGUGUGCGAGUGGCCUUGGCUGGUUCCAGCUUGCUCGGAAUCUAGAUCAGGCUACACCAGAAACGAAUACAAUUAUGGAAGCUACACUCCAAGAACCUCUAUUGGCGUUGGAGCUGGCGGUUACGUCACCAGCGGUUUACCGGAAUACUCUGUGAUUAUGGGAACGGAUUACUCCGACAUGGAUUAUUCUAGAACAACCGGUGCUGGUGUCCACAAUACAAACUAUUUUGGAACCACUGCGGGAGAUAUUGGUAAACACCCUGGUAUUUUUAUUUCUGAUCCUGGACAUGUAGGACUGUCCAAUUUAGUCGGUACUGAUUAUUCUAAACUCACCAAAUAUGGAGGAGCAGCGUCUUCUGUUCCAACGUACAGCAAAUCACCCGAUAUACAGAUUAGUUCGGUACCACUUAGUACAAUCGUCGGAGAAGAACGUGGUGUAGAAUAUUCUACACCGAGCAGCAAAAUUGACGAUGGAUAUACUAGAUAUACUACUGUAUCUCCUGGCCAAGGUGGCUCUAGGUACUCCGUAUCUACUGGUGGAUUUAACACUGGAUUUGCAAAUAGGGGAUCAUUGAGAGGAGUUGUUGCAGACUUUUCCGGAUCUACAUCAAGAGAGUACUUCGGAACCGCUAGUGAAAGUCAUUUGAAGGAGCAAGGUGUAACUUAUUUGGAAAAACCCAUUUCAAGGUAUCCUAAUUUGGCAAAUGGUUAUGCAGGAAGCGUUAGUACGAGUAGUCCGAUAAUAGAUACAAGUUAUUCGAGAACUCCGGGAAACUACUUCGAAUCUACAAAAUUACCUGGAUCCAUUGAUGUCCAUGUACAAUCUACUAGUCCUAAAUAUGAUGGAACAACGAAUGUAUACGCAGGUUCCAGCACGCUUAAUGGUUUCUCAACUUCUACCGGUGUCUAUCCAGGAACAGCGAGACAUCAACCGUCAUUCGGUGAAAUCGGCCCAUUAUUCGGAUCUGUAUCUUAUCCCGGUGCUAGCGGCAAAAUUGAAAUAACAGGAUCGACUGAUAAAGAAUACACGGGACCAACAGCAUACGAAAGACCAACUAAUGCAGAAUAUUCCACAUCUACGGGCGGUAUCAGCUCUGACUUUACUGAAAAUGAUGUUAAUGUGUCAAUUAAAUCUGGAAUAGGAUCAAGUUUGCGCAGUACAACGAGUUCAAGUCAAAUCCCAGGAACUGAUUUUAUUAGCGACGUUCCAAAAUUUAAACUGGAAACGUCAGGAAUUUCUACAGUUUCCGAGCAAAUAAGUGUUACUCCUAGACCAACAGGCAUUUCGACAAACUAUAGAUAUAAUAAUGAGGAAGAAUAUACGAUCCCUGUAUUCAUACAACACGAAGAGCCCUCGAUUUAUCCCUCGAUUGGAAUAACUGGAGUCGGAGGAAGAGGCCACGUCGGAACGACUGGAACGAGUGGAAUUGGUUUAACAAGUGGCUACGGGAAAACUAAUUUAAACAUAAGUAUCUUUGGCAAUGAGAUUCCUAUUGGUUACGAUAUGCAGAAAAACACUCUUAGUGCUAUUCAAACUGGAGCUGCUAGCAGAGACGGAAGUAAUACUGGUGACUUCUUUUCGGGGACCGUAUUCAGUCAUAGAAAUGUUCCUGGAGCGGUGUUAACUCCUGCCAUUAACCAAAACGUUAUCCUAACCGGAAGAGGUCGACCUGGUUAUGUCGCCCCUUCUGAAACAGCGGGAUAUGUGAGUAGCGAUGUGAAGACUGUAAACGUUGGAUCAGCUAGUCCAGAAACUCUAGUAUACGAAAAAUCCGGAACGCCAAAUCCUACGAUUCUGAUAAAUAGUCCUUCAACUGCCGGUGUCUUUUUGAAAGAUAACUUUACUCCAAAUAUUAACAUCUUCGGACAAACGGCUCCUGAAAUAUCUAGAGGUAGUUUCAUUCAACCAGAUUCGACAAUCGAAAGUUCGACCCAUAAAUCGUAUGAAUCGCAAUCAACUUAUAACGGCAUCGGCAAUGCCCCUGCGAGAGGUUCAAUUACCUAUUCGAGUAGCACUCCAAGCGAAGGCUUGAUACCUACAGCUCCUCAAAGCUAUAGAACUGAUGAAGGACGCAGCACUGUUACGUACAAUUCCGUUUACGACACUAACAAGUAUACAAAGAAUGAUAUUUCGGACUACAGGCUAACCAGCACUAUUCUUCCCGAUUUAAUUGUAUCCGGUAGAGUAGAAGGUACUGGUGACAUUUACGAUUCUAGAUUCGAAAACUCACCUACUUCAGAAUAUUCUUUGAGUAAAUCAGCUGUUUUCACACCAAGUGGAUUUACGAAGACUGGUCCAACCAGGACGGGUAUAACCACUGCUGUUCUCGGAGGUGGUGGUAGUUACUCAAUAAGCACAGGUGAUCGUAGGCCUACUUAUAGCCCCGAUAAUAUCAGCGAAAAGGCAUUUGAAGGGAAUGUCGCUGGAUAUACUAGUACAUCAUCUACUGACGGUCUGUCCAUCAGUUUAACUCCAUCUGGCUAUUCCUCGAAAGCUGUACCGGAUGCUCCGAGUGGUCGCUUCACUGUACAAUCAGCUACUUCCGACUACUCGUAUCCUAAGCCAACCAUUCAAUUUGGAACUAGCGGUGCCACGUUCUCUUCAACGCCAAUUGUAUUGGCUGGAAAUAAUGUACCGAAUAAUGUACCGGUCACGACGUCGACGCCGUCUUUCAGCAGCUUACCAACGUCGACAAUCAGACCUGUAACUCAUUCUUCUGAACACCCAGAAAUUUAUAAAACGACUCCUUUCGAAUCGUUUAAGAUUCCGGUGGCUGUUCCAACCGUCAGACCUGUGAUCGAUACCGGUUAUAAGAUCUCUCGACCGAUCUCUCCGACAACCAUUCCAUUGUUAAAUGAUGAUCAAUUCAUCGAAAGAACGGGCGGUUCUCAGACUGCAUCAGUAUCCAUGUCUAGCAUUGGUUUAGGAGUGCCUUUUCAACGGACCGAUUCAAGCGGCCAGACAGGUUAUAGUUCCUCGUUGGGAUACCUCCCACCAAAGUCGACUGAAGCUGGCGUGACUGCGUCCACCACGAAAUACGACUUAUCUACAGUAACGGCACAACCAGAGCUCAUCGGGAUAACGUAUAAGAAACCUUUACCGAUCUCCGACGUUAUGUACGGUCCUUCCUCGUUCCAAUCGCCAACCACAUUCAAGCCUUCCAACAUAUAUUAUUCCAGCCGAGGAUUUUCGACUACUCCGUUUUCUCUAGGGACAAUCCCUAGAGGUGGAUUUGGGUCUCCAACAAAUCUGGAUAUUUCAAGAGAUAAGAUCAAUAAACUAAUUACAAACUGUGACAGGGGCACCGUCAAGUACACGCCACCCGAGUAUGAUACCUAUUCAAGUUCUGAAUAUGGCAUUCAACCUUCGACAUUCUCAUACGAAGUUACUACAAAGUCACCUACUGAAAACAAAGGCAAAGUCAUCGUCAAGUGGAGCGAUCUUCAUCCACUUCUUUUAGGUAAACUUGGGGCAGAGUGCACGUGCAAAGCCGAUCCCUUUGCCAAUCUUCGCGGUCCAGGAAAGAAACAGAUCGAUUCUUCCAAGGGCAAGGUGAAUCUGGCCAACUAUGACUCUUCUGAAAUCUACGUCGAUCUCGGCUACUCUGAAGAGGAUGAUUAUUCUACCAACUACAACGUUUUCCCAGCGCAGCCCUUCAAGAUUAGUCCACAGGAAACGACGGCCGUUUCGACCAAUGUACCAUCAUCCUCUUACUUACCUACGAUAGAUGCUAGAACAUCCGCGAGGGGUUACGAGUCUCGUUCGGGUCAUCGAAUGGGCAAAAAGUUGGAAUAUGAAGAGGAAAAAAAAGAAGAAAAGGAAGAAUAUGAUGACGAUCCUGAUCAGAUAAUUAACGGUGUCACCGAUUGCGCUAGGCCAGGUCUCUUCAGACAUCCCGGCCUUUGUAAUAAAUUCUACGCUUGUCACUGGGAUCAGUGGAAGAAGAAAUUCACGCUUCACAUCUUUAAUUGUCCUGUUCACUUAACGUUUGAUUCAAACGAGAGCGCGUGCAACUGGCCCAGUAAAGGACCAGCUUGCCAAGCCAACAAUUUAUUAGUGGUGGUGUGGACGGUACUGAUAUUGGCUGCGGUCGUGUUGACCGAUGCAGCGGUACCAGAUCCACCAGAAAAUUCCGGCAUCACCACGAUCGGCUCCAAAAAAUUAGCAACUGCCGCUGAUUGUGCCGGACUUGUCGCCUUCUCUGCAAUCCAAGGGUCAGUAAAUGAAGCUAAGCUCGUCCUCGACGAGACGCUAGUAGACAAGGGAGUCGGUUACGCGGCGCAGACAGGUAUCUUCACCACGCAUUGUCCUGGCCUCUACCAAUUCAGUUUCGCCGGAUACGGUAGCACGGAUCUGCGGCUGAUAUUGAAACGCAAACUGAACAAAUCCGACAGUUGGAGAACGAUUAUCAGCGCUGGUCCAGGCGGAGGAAGCAAUCUCGUCCUGCUAGAUGUCGAAGCCGGUGAUCAACUUGCCGUCUUCGUUGAAUCCGGGAAGAUCACCGACGGAGCUAGCUUCACGGGUCAUCGUGUUUAUAAAAGAUAAACAACAAUCUUGAAUAAAUUCAGGAUACCGAUCACAAUUAUGGAAACAAAAUUGAUGUUAUAAUCUAAAACUCAGUCUAAAAUGAUUAUUGAUAUACAAAGAUUGAAAUAAUUGACAAAAAU